UAUUGAUUACAGCACGAAGAUCGUGACAGUUAACCUACCAUUCGCCCAGGCCGGUAGAUGGAACGUUACCAUAUACAAUACCCAAGGAGUCACCGAGCACGCGAGUGUAUCAGUAACAUCUAAACCAAGUCAGGAGGAAUAUCAACCAGUUACAGUCACUGUUCUUCUCGGAUCACGGGAGGUGGAUUUUUCUCAGACUCCGGCACUAGCGAUCUAUGCUCGGGUACAACAGGAUCACAAUCCAGUUCUUAAUGCUGACGUCACGGCUAUCAUCUCAGACGCCAAUGCUGUAACAACGACCAUGCCAUUGCUGGAUAGUGGUUCAGGCUCAGAUCUAUUCAAAGACGACGGAACAUAUUCAGGGUUCUUCCUUGCUUUCGCUUCCAAUGGUAGAUCUAACGUAAAGAUCAAUGUCAUCGGCUAUGAAGUCUCAGAAAUUCGAAGAAGAAGACGAUCAACUUCCGCUGAAGUCCAGACCACAGAUGAGCCAUCUUUCAUGCGAACAGCAUCUGGAGGAGUCUUUAAAGUCCACAGCUAUACAGCCAACCCUUCAGAUACCAUCGCGCCUUCUCGUAUUCAUGACUUGAUCUCAGAGUCCUUCUCCUAUGACAAUAGCACAGUAACUCUGGUUUGGACAGCUGUAGGAGAUGACAUGGACCAAGGAACUGCAUACAGUUACGAUCUUCGCUAUUCCACCAACUUCUCAGAGGUGCGAGACGACUUCAACAGGAGCCAUUUGGUCUCUCAAGAACAAGUGCUGUACGGCAAUCUAUCCCACGUCAAUGCUUCAGGAACAACGGAGAGUGUUACUAUUACCCUUCCACAGAAGGGAGAGGACAUCGUUUAUUAUUUUGGUAUUCGAGCUUGGGAUGAGGCAGGGAAUGGAGGGGACUUGUCGAACAUUGUUUCACUGUCUAUCCGUUUCAUACCAGUGGCAUUACCAACUGCAGUGAUGCCUACCAUGCACGCUACUGAUGUAAUGACAGAGAUAAUUACUACUAGUUCACCCAGCGAGACCACAGUAUCCGAGGAACCUGAGCCUUUGGAGCGAACAACACAACAAGAGGUUCCUGAGACGACGAAAGCCACGGAACCAACCGGACCAGAAGCACAGGCCGUAAUCAUUGGCCUGUCUUGCGCAUUAAGUGUAGUUACCAUCAUAGCAGCAGUCAGUUUGGUCAUGUUGGUGUACAUCUACUAUCUAAAGCAGACCCCCACCUCGGUGAAGCCGAUAACCCCGCCUAAAUCGGCCUGGGCACAGCAAGAACUUGCGGAUAUUGAGAUGGAACAAAAGGACCCUAGCUACAUGAGGAAAAUUCUCGUUUAAACUAGUAACAUAACCCCGAUUGCAUUGUUCUGACCCUUUCUUUCUUUAAUCACCUGGA